AUGUCUUCGCCCACGCACGCACAGCAUGGUGUGCAUCCGCCUCUCAACUGGAAUAGCCCCGACGACAAUGGCGGAUCCAGCCGUCUUAACCCCAAACCCGACGAGGGUAUGGACACCCAAGAAGAACGGGAGAUGCCACAGCGCUCAUAUUAUGCACGCGUGUUGGGCACGCACAUAUCGGUUUCGCCGAUAGACGUUCCCGACACGUAUGAUCCUGACGGGUGGGUACCAGGGACGCCUGAGCCAGAGCCGUAUGAUCCUGAAACGUAUGCGGCUUGGGGUCGGAAACACCUCGGCGAGGAAUGGUAUCAGCUACGGAAGGCCAUGCUCCAGGAAAGGAAUAUCUACCUUCGUUCCGACUGGGUUUACUCUGAGCGGCGGCCGUUAAGACCAGCACGUCACGUAGGGAUGUCUGAUGAACCCUGGAAACGAUUAUGGUCUCGACUCUCCAAGGUCUUGCCGCGUGUCCAGCCGUCCAGCACCGCUCCCCUAUUUCGUGAAGCCUGGGAAAGAUUGGGAUAUGCACGGGAGAGCUCCCGCUGGAGUGAGGAAGAAUACCAAUUCAACAAAAUAUUCCUCAAAGAGGACCUCAUCGAUUGCGCCAGGGCACAUCACGAAACCCAGGAAGGUGACAUACAACGUGAGAAAGAGCGGGAGGAAAUAGCAAAGGUACGGUAUGAGCCGGGCACUCUCAUCGAGUCAGACGAGUACGAACGUCGAAUGACGGACUUCAGGCUUCGAAGGGAGGGUUGGGUACAGGAGCAGUUCGAUGCUAGGGAUCGAGCAGCGGUUGCGAAGGCUCAGAAACGUGGACCUGAGCUUGAGAGAGAGUUGAACACGCCACCGAAAACCCAAGAAGAAAUGAAUUUGAGAUUCCGCCUCUGCGACCUUCAGAAAAUCAGUCGCGAGGAGCAGGACCGGUUGGCCCGCAUGUAUGGCUUCUUCGAACGGCCGCCAAUCAACCCCCCUUUCUUUGGUACCCCACUGGAGAAGAGGUCGCCGCCGAGGGACCAAGAAGAAAUGGACCAGCUGUUUCGCCUCUGGACUUGGAGACUCAACCGCAUGGAGCAGGAUGAAUUGGCUCAUGUAUGGCUUCAACCCGAAGCAAGCUGA